AUGAAGCGCAAGGGCAAGGAUACAAAAAGCAAGGCGAAGGGUGGUGGGGCAACAUCUCCUUCCGUGACGAAACCCUUAACAUUUGCGAUGGUCCCUCAGGCGCAUGCGCAAGCAGGCACCCGGGCACCCAAGUCUAUCGUCGAACAGGUCAGGCGCUAUCCCAAGCACUCGCUACUGCAGUUCUUCCCUCUCCUGCCGACCAAGGUGCCCAAGGCGACUGCGCGGGGAACGGGAGGAGCGGCGGUGGAGGAAGAGGAAGAGAUUCUGCUGCCCUCACCGCUCUCAGAGGGUGACCUUGGGACGGACUUGAACGGUCGCUCGUGGUUCGCACCAGAGCUCAGAACAAAAAGCAGCCACGAGCUUCACCAGCUGUGGUACGUCUUGCUCAUGGAGAAGAAUAGGUUGGCGACUAGCUGGGAGGAAGCGAAACGGCUUGAAAUCAGAGGGCUCAUGGACAUGGCCAGAACCAGUCUUGGGAAUAGGAACCACAGGGUGCGCAAAUCCAUGGCGCGCAUCAAGCUCGUGCUCAACGAGCGUCGCCUCGCUCUUAUGCAAGCGCAACAGCAAGCUCGCAUGCCAAUCGAGGCGAACGUCGCGGCAUUGCAAAGGCAGGUGGAAGAGACGCCAAAUUCUGCAUUGUGGGAGGAUGAGGCGGCGGCCAUACUUGCAUCUCCCGAAGAGGAAGCACAAGGGAUGAAAGGUGCCAACACCGCAACCAGAGCCACAGCAGCAGAAAGAAGCGGUAACCAACCAAAAUCGCCAGCAACGGGAGGCUAG